CCUCAGGGAAUCUCAAAUUAUACCGGUUAGGGGUAUUUUUGGAUUUAACGCAAUAUUUAGGUUAUGUAGGGACAAUCACUUAGGUACCUACCUACCAAUUUAUUCCACAUACUGAUUAAGUAAUUUCUUUUUUUUUUGAACUAUGAAUACAAACUCUAUUGUGGGGUUAUUCCUAAGUAUAUUAAUUGAUAUUACCGAAGUACACAAUAUGCCAAAACAAAGUAUACAAACACGACAAGGGAAUUUGACGUCUAAAGGUCCAAUGAUACCCGAGCAGAAUCAGAAUAGAAGAUUUCAAGAUCAAUGGGGUCUUUUACAGUCAGGCGGUCAGAUAGCACCCAGGCAAUUUCAAGCAUAUCCUUCACAGAUGAGAGAUCAACACUUCAUGGAAUACCAAAAGAACCCUUCCCAGUGGGCAGGCCAAGAGGGUCCGGUGCUGCUUCAACAUCAGUCAGGAACAACUAAACAGGACUUUCAGAAUCAGUUGGGUGCCGUGCAAUCGUAUGGUCAAACAGCACCUACAUAUUUUCAAAGAUAUCCGUUACAGUUGAGAGAUCGAAAGAAAAUUAUGAUGCAAAACCCAAUAAACCCCUCCGAAUGGGGACGUCAAGAAGAUUCACACGGCCGUCAGAAAGGUUCGCAGAUUCGAAGUCAGGAUUAUUCCGAGUAUGCCCAGAUGAUGGAUCAGGUGAACACCAAUCAGAUUCAGUAUACAAGAAACCCUUCCCUAUGGGGGCGUCAAGAAAAUACGCAGAUUCGAAGUCAAGAUUAUUCCGAAUAUCCCCAGAUGCAAUAUCAAAUGCAAACUUCCCAGUUGGGGCAUAAAGGGCUCCCACAAUUUCAGUACCAAGACAAUAAAGACAGUUUACGCUCUCAAACUAAUAUGUACAAAAAGUUUUUACGUCAAAACUAUAGAACAACCCGACGAAGACGUAGAACCGAAUGGGAUCAGUGGAUUCCCCCACAUUUAAUCACAGACAGUUCAGAAACAAAAGGAACUGAUGCAAGGGAAAAAAUGAAUUGGACUGGAUGGACCGGGCAAUACUCGGGGGAUUUUGACAUACAUUGGCACCCUAAUGAUCCUAAAUUUGAUUUCACCACUUCGAUAACACCAUUCAUUUAUAAACCUAAAGCAAGCUCAACGAGAACACAACGCGUAAUGCUCACGUUUGAUGAUGAUUGCGAUCAACACACAUAUUAUUGCAUGGUCGGCUUUGAUACUGGCAGAGCUUGCGGUACUACAACGUAUUACAGAUAUUAUACUUUCAAAAAUAUAUGCGAAUUGGACUAUGUAAACUGUGUACAAGGAUACGAAGCGGCUGCACUGGCACGGCUACGUAAGUCUUCCAAGAACCUGAUCGGCUUACUAUACACAAUUUCCUCCUCAUUAUACAAAAUCCAGUGGAUUUAGGUCCAGUGAACGCGGAGGUCAUAAAAUUCCCGGUCCAUCUGUCUGGGUAUUUUCUAUUCCAAUAUGCUCAAACAAUUACCGCAUAGUGCACAGGACAGCCGUCAUUUUAUAACCAAUGGGAUUCCCUCAGCUCCUCUGGCGCGUCUUCCAUUAAAUUAGGCAGAUCAUUCUGGAGGAACUCCAAAUAACUUUGACCAGUUAUGUUCCCCGGUAGUUCAAAUGGCCCUAUUACUUUUCCAUUUAAUAUUCCGGUCCAAUAAUUUAUUUUGGUACUGUGAGCGGUCUUCCUGCAUAAGAUGGGGGAUUUGAAGUUCCCAGCUAUGGAGAUUAUGUAGAUUUAAAUAGCCAUCUCUUUUAAGGGUUGGUUCAUCGCUCCAUAGAAUUUUGUUAAAAAAUUGCGGGUCUUCCUCUAUCUUACCUAGCAUUUGUCGGCAAAAAAGUAAUCUUGAAACGUAAUCUCUCGGUUGGAGAGUUUGCACGCGUGUAACGUGGUAGGGAUGGAAUUUAUUUUUAUUUAAAAUAUCAUGCA